AUGGGCCUUGUCGAUUAUUCCGAAUCCGAAUCGGAGCCCGAGGUUGACGCGCCGAAGCCCGCCGUCAAGUCCGCCCCGAAGAAACCUGCGUUCCAAAAAGUCGUCGAUCGAUCAAACCCGGGCAAAAUCAUCGUCAAUCUCCCCCAGGCCGCCUCUUCCAACGACGAAGGCGCAUCAAAUGGCGAUGGGCCACCGGCGAAACGCGCGCGCACGGGUGCUAACGGCGGUCUCUUUUCCGGCUUCAACUCGUUUCUCCCGCCGCCAAAGAACGCGGCAAAGGCGACGUUGAGCAAACCCUCAAGCGGCCAGGCCCGCCCCGGCAUCAAUCUCAAAACCAGUGCCGAAAAGGGCUUCAGCCGCGAUGAAGAGCCUUCGAACGGCUCUAGCAAUUCAGAUGCCGUGUCUGGAGGACUGGGCUUGCCACCUCCUAAACGAUCAGCCGAGCCAUCAAUACCGAAUACGAUGAAGCCUGCCGAGGAAGUCAAACUCGUGGGGAAGCCGUUGAUGUUUAGGCCUCUCUCUGUUGCUCGGAAUACAAAGAAGAAACCCAUCAAAAGCACGGCGGCUCAAGCAUCAACGGCGAAAUCAGUAGUCUCAGCUCAAGCUGCGACCUCGACGACCAGCACAGCCCCAGCGCCGGUUGCAGCCCCGGCGCCGCCUCCGAAAAAGACAUCACUCUUCUCACUGCAUGUAGAGGAGCCAUCGGCUCCAGAAUCGACAUCAGCUGAAAGGGGGGCUUAUGAACCACUCUUUGAAACUGCAGAUCCCGCCAAUUCAUAUCACAUGAAUGUGCCAGAUGUUUAUUAUUCCCAGGGAAUGAGCAGUGAUCAGAUGUCUGACACCGCAGUGCCACCAGAUUACAGGACAGGGUCGUUGGAGAGCAUCGCCGAUGACUUGAAUCUUUCCGCCGCAGCGAGACGAGAGCUGUUUGGAAGGGGAGGGCGAGGACAGACGGCACAGACACUCAUCAACUUCAACAUGGAUCAGGAAUACCAACACAACGAAGAGCUCAGAGCAGCUGGCGAACAACAAACGCACAACCCCGUCCGCGCCAUCGCGAGCGGCAAACACAGUCUCCAGCAGUUGGUGCGGAAUGUGUCCAACCAGCGGGAGGCCUUGGAGGAGAGCUUUGCAAAAGGCAGAAGCAACCGGCGGGAAGCUUCAAGCCGCUACGGCUGGUAA